AUGCAUAUGAAUGGGUCCUUCGCCCGGAUAUUUUUUUGUGUGGGAGCGCCACGCUUUCCACAGAACGCCAUCGAAGCCCAAGAAGCCCAGGGCACCCUGGAGACAAGCAGGGUGUGUCUUGACAUGGGUCUCCACCGUACCGCCGCCCCUGAGCGGCGCCUUUCGCACAGUGCGAGGCUCGCCCUCCGCGCGCGGGGGGGGGGUUCGGCACUUGGCGGAGAGGCCGGGCGCGGACGGCCGAAGUUUGUGCUCGUGCGUGUUUUUCGAUCUCCGGGCAUCAGCGUUCGCAGAGGGACUUGUGGAGACGACAAGUUCCUGGACAUUCGGGAUCUGAACGCCAAGACGGGCUUCUUCACGUACGAUCCAGGCUUCACGUGCACGGGAUCCUGCUCCUCGGCCAUCACCUUCAUCGACGGGAAGAACGGGGUCUGUCUCUACCGAGGCUACCCCGUUAGCGAGCUCGUCGAAGGUAGCACCUUCCUGGAAGUUGCCUAUCUCCUCAUCUUCGGGGAGUUGCCCAGCGACGACGAGCUGAAGGACUUCACGGAAAAGGUGCACAGCGAGAUGCUCGUGCAUGAGAAGUUCAAGGAAUUUUUCAGAGGCUUCAACUCCAGCGCGCCCCCCAUGGCCAUUAUGACAGCCGCCUGUGGUGCUCUGGCAGCCUUCCAUCACGACAACCUCGACUUCUCUCGGAAGGAAGAUCGGAUCUCAUCCGCCAUCUCGCUUAUUGCAAAGAUGCCAACUCUCGCAGCUAUGGCAUAUAAGACUGCCAUUGGCCAGCCGAUUGUAUAUCCGCGUGGUGAUCUGUCUUAUGCCGGGAACUUUCUACACAUGAUGUUCUCAACGCCGUGCAACAAUUAUGAAGUGGAUCCGGCGCACGAGAAAGCAGUAGACGCAUUUCUCAUUCUCCAUGCGGACCAUGAGCAGAAUGCAUCCACGUCCACGGUACGCAUCGCUGGAAGCUCGCAGGCAAACCCGUAUGCUUGCAUAGCUGCAGGCGUGGCCUCGCUCUGGGGCCCUGCCCAUGGCGGCGCGAACGAGGCAGUCGUGAGGAUGCUCGAGAAUAUUGGAUCUGUGGAUAAGCUGGGCGCGUUCGUGUCCGACGUCAAAAACAAGGUAGAGGGAGUGCGGCUGAUGGGUUUCGGCCAUCGGGUCUACAAGAAUUACGACCCUCGUGCGACCAUAAUGAAGAGACUGUGUACGAGUCUCCUUCAAACAUCAAACGUUGAUGACCCCCUGUUUCCGCUGGCCCAAGGGCUGGAGAAGAUUGCGCUUGAUGAUGACGGUGGCGGAUUUUAUCAAGAGGAAGCUUUACCCCAACGUUGA